UGUGCAAGCUCGGCGCUGAGUACCACCGGUAGCGAAAAAGACGGAUGCCACUAUAUGGCGUAGGUACUGCAUAAAGCUACAACUCUGUACGUCUUGUUGUUUAGGGAGAUGGAAGGGGGAUUUCAAAGGAAACUGAGUUGUACUGAAAACAGUAUUAAUUCUGAUAAUAAAUUAAACUUUCUGAGCACGAGUAGAAUGUUUUAACGACUGAAGAAGUAUAGGAAGUCAAAAACACGCUUUCCACUUGAUGUAGAUUCGUCGAUCAAAAAAGAAGGCCCGACCUGUAACCGCUUAUAGAUGACUUGAGAAGUACGAAGCAUACAGGUGGUGAAUAGGAUUGAAACUAAUUGGACUCCUUCCAAACAAAACUUAUGAGUGAAUUCUAGAUUCAGAUCCAUCUCCAGGUGAUGAGCAAAUCAAAUAAAGACGACAAUGAAAGUUAACAACACAACUCCUGGACUUCUAAUAGCCUUGUCAUUUUUUAGUCUUCUGAAAGGCUCGGCACAAGGCCCUCAUGAACGAAGACUUCUCAAUGACUUACUUCGAGACUACAAUGUUAUGGAAAGACCGGUAGCCAAUGAGUCUGAUCCUCUGUUGCUUAGUUUUGGUGUAACCUUACAGCAGUUGAUUGAUGUGGAUGAAAAGAAUGAACAGAUUGUAACAAAUCUCUGGUUAUCGUUGGAUUGGGUGGACGUCAAUUUGAGAUGGAACGUGUCGCAGUACGGGGGUAUUCGAGACGUACGGAUAGCACCGAAAUACCUCUGGAAACCAGACGUUCUUAUGUAUAACAGUGCGGACGAAAGAAUUGACAGUACAUUUCCUACUAACGUUGUCGUUCAGCACAAUGGAAGUUGUUCGUAUAUUCCGCCGGGGAUUUUCAAAAGCACGUGCAAGAUUGACAUCACAUGGUUUCCUUUCGACGAUCAGAAAUGUGUAAUGAAAUUCGGAUCAUGGACGUACGACGGAAACUCCUUGGACCUCCUCUUGUCUAGUGACGAAGCUGAUCUCUCAAACUAUGUGGUCAAUGGAGAAUGGGAUUUAAUAGAAUUUCCUGGAGUUCGAAAUAUAAUAUACUACACUUGUUGUCCUCAACCCUACGUCGACAUAACUUUCACCUUACACAUCAGACGUCGUACUCUCUACUACGGCUUCAACCUUAUAAUUCCUUGUGUUCUUAUUUCAUCAAUGGCUUUGUUGGGAUUUGCAUUACCACCAGAUUCUGGAGAAAAGCUAACUCUGGGUGUUACCAUCCUACUUUCCCUGACGGUGUUUUUGCUUCUCGUGGCGGAAUCCAUGCCACCGACCUCUGAUGCUGUUCCUCUGAUAGGUACAUACUUUGCCUGCACAAUGGUAAUGGUAGCAUUUUCUGUAGUCAUGACAGUCGUCGUCCUGAACUACCAUCACCGUAACUCGGACACACACGAGAUGCCACGAUGUAUAAAAUCUAUAUUCCUCGUCUGGCUUCCUUGGGUUCUGCGCAUGAGCAGGCCAGGUCGAAAGAUGAGAGAAAAAAGUUUAAUGUUCAAUAGCAAAAUGAAGGAUUUGGAAAUGAAGGAGCGGUCUUCCAGGAGCCUGUUGGCCAAUGUCUUGGACAUCGACGACGACUUCCGACCUGCGUACUCUACGCCUGGCUACCUCCACGUUUCAAAUGAUGACAACGCAGCCAUACAUUCUUGUAUCAUUACACAAAGAGAAAUAAGUGCUAUCACUCGUGAACUUCGCUUUAUCACAAACCAUUUGCGGGAAGAUGACGAUGCGAAGGAAAUCAUAGCAGAAUGGAAAUUCGCUGCCAUGGUGAUUGACAGAGUAUGUCUGAUAAUGUUUACCAUAUUCACAAUGGUGUCAACUUUCCUGUGCCUUUUUUCGGCGCCUCAUCUUGCAGCUUAACCCAUUCAAAAGAAGGAAAAAAUCCUCAAAAAUAUGUCAUAUUAUUACUGUACUGUCUUUUUGUUUUAUGUACCUUUUCAUAGAAACUGAACAUGAACAGCAAAACACUCCAACAUCUGCUGAAGCUCAUGAACAAUUGGAGCUCACGAAUUAAUUCAGGUGCCAAUGAUACACGCAUGUGAUAAGGCAACUCAAUUCUAAACUUAUUUACAGUCGGUAUAAUUAGUGUAACCACGAAAGUUUUGCGCUUAAUCUAUAUCAGAAUAAGUAGGAGGAGCAUGUAAUGAGAAGAAGUUGUAAACAAUGUGUUUCAUGACUGGUGAAGAGAGCUGGGUUGUCUUUUCGUAUUGCAAUACUGCACUUCAACAUGUUCGCAAUAUGUGUUCUAUAAACGUCCUAAAAUUAGCAGGAAGUCAUAGCUUUCGUUGUGCUGUGAUAAACAAGUCUAAUGUCAGGUUGUUUAUGUAGAUAGCGUCUUCAUUAACAGUUCGACUUAAUUUAACACAUUAUUUAAAGUUAGAAUUUACUGCGUUUGUUCCUAAGAAAUCUCAACGUAUGUUUCACUUGAGGUCAUAUUUUACUGUCAAAGGGGUAAAUAAGUUACCCUUCUUAUGUAUGCAUUGUCUAAACACAUCCCUUAAGUGCUGUAGAUAGUAACAAGUAAUACGUAGAGCUAUUAAUUUAGGGUACGUACUCCUUUUCUUUCUUUUUUUUUUGUUUAACUUUCAGUAGGCUUGUCACUAGCUCUCACGGUCUUUAAACACUUAUAGACUGCUGUUGUCUUUGGUCCUUAAACACUUAUUACAUGUCAGUCUUUCACGAGAAAUGUUAGUCCAUCGCGCUAAAUUCUGCUUCCAGAUCAGUGUCAUUUUGCUACGAUUAACAUCCUAAAUAAGAAUUAUAGGAUACCUUGUAGUUGCUCAACUUAAUGUCAUAACGAACAUCGCGCACUAAUGAUUUUUGUUGUUGUUGUUGUUUUUUUGCGUUAGAAUGAUGCGUUAUAUCUGGUGUACAAGCUGACACUUGCGUUACAUAAAUAAGGACGCAAAUAUUCACGUGUCAACAACCUACAGUGCAAUUGCUUUCUCAUAACCCAAACAAAUACUAAAAUAUGCGAAUAAUUUUAGAGAUCAAUCAACGUAAAGAACGAACUGUGUAGCGAACGAGACAAGUUAUAUUAGGCUUAGUGUUAGCCCAAUUCUUCACCUAUUCUUAACGUUUUUUGUUCAAAAACAUAUUGGGAUGCAUAAAUGUAACGAUCAACUAAACAAUUCAAUAGUGUUUAGCUAUUACAUAUUGAAGAAUACUUCACAAAAUUGGGGACAUUUGGACAUCGAAAGCAAUGCAUUUCUGUUAUACACAGCAUUAUAUUUUCGAGAGCUUAGGGCUUAGUUUUCUCUAAGAGGGCAUUGAUUUUAGCUUAAAUAAUAAUAUCUCAAUCAUUAGCACCAGUUGAUUAGUUAAUUUUGAAGAAUCUUACGUUAUCUAGUAUACUUAGGAAAAUAACAAAAUUUCACAUGGCUUCCACAUGGGGAAAAUUGAUGUUGGUUAGUUAAACUUGUGAAGUAAAUGUUUUGCAUCUGGUUGGUCUGUUAAUCAAUAAUUCCUGGUUCAUUACUCAUACCAUAGAAAUGUAUUGAACCUAAUAUAAGAAAUUUAUCUUUGAAGUAAAUGGAAACCAUGUGAAUGUUUAAAAAUACGUUGAAAAAGAGGGGCCUAUUUUGGUGAGGUACAUAAUUGAUAGCUAUUUUCUAAACAGUGGAGAAGGUGUAAUCUUCUAACCUUAGAUGCUAAAACGUUGUUGUCAAAUAUACACAAGGUGAAGUUAUUAGCUUUAGCUUCAGAUUUCAGUAUAAAGUAAAAAUAUAAAAGAAAAGCCUCAGUCAGCAAAUAACAACUUUGACACAUAUCAAAAUAUUGCUUAUGUCUGAGCACGUGAUGCUUGGAUCCGGAGUUCGAGUGUCAUUGCUUUUAUAUAAAUGCCAUUCCUUCCUCUACAUCUUUUAAAAUUUUCUUAGAUGUACAAAACAAUUAACUGUUAAUGUGUUCGUAAAUUUGGGCUUGUGAUUCCGAUAAAAAGUAGAUAAACCUAGUUUCUUAGACAGAUAGAAAAAUCUAUAUAAUUUUAACCAUUAUUGCACUGUUUGAUCUGUCGUAUUUCCUCCUACUCUACAGAAACAAACUUUGCAUUUAAUUAAUACUUGAACAUGUAAGUUGAAAUUCAAUGCUUUCUUGGUUUUUUCUUGUAGUUAUUCUGUCGGGCGUUACAGUUUUGAAUUUUCCUUUCAAAUCUCUUUGUGUAUGUCGUUUGAGUGUGAUUAGUAAAGUUUGUGUGUUGUCAAUAAAAUGA